AUGGAGAAUUAUACAGUGCAAUCCGAUCCUCCGCAAGUCAAUCCAGAAUUGACUUUACGAUCGUCUUACGCCAUGAUUGGAGUUCUGAGCGUAUUCUACGCAGCCAUGUUCAUUGCGGGAUUAAUUGGUAACUUCGCAGUCCUCUUGAUUGUCCUCCGCAAUCGUCAUAUGCGUUCCGUUACCAACAUAUUCAUCUGCAAUCUUAGCGCCGCGGACCUCCUCGUUACCAUAUUCGUUGAGCCUUUGACCCUCCUUCAGAACAUCUUUAUAGGUAAUGCUUUAAAAUAA